AAUUACGUGCAGCUGUACAAACUUGACAACGUUAUGGGGAAAUAUUUCGAACAUAUACACGUCUGUAGUUUUCAUUUGUAGUGUUAACUUCGAUUAGGAUGCUGUCAUUUAUUGCUUUUGUCUUUUUUGCAUCAAGUGUCUGUAUUAUAAAAGUCGAAGGAAAUUCUAAUUGCACAGAAAACUUGAACGUCUGCGAAUGGUUAAAUGAAUGUUGCGUGAAUAUUUUCAGAGAAAGAAAAAAUAACACUUCUUCUCAGGAGAUGAUAUCGUGUCUCAGAAAAAAAAGAGAUGAGACUAUCAUGGAGCCAGGAAAGCUUCUAAAAGACCUCGUAGAAGAUUAUUAUAAAAUAAAUGUUUAUGAAGAAGACAUACAAUAUGGUGGAUUCGUACAACAUUCUGGAAUAGUUAUGAGUAACGUUGGAAGUAUGUCUACAUAUUCUAAUGUGAAAAGACAGUCGAGUAGUACCUAUUUCAGUAGUGGUGUAAGUAGUGGAUCAAGUGUAAGCGUUAAUAAUGGAAUGAUUUCAAUUUGUACGAUCAGAAACAAUAAAAAGAAAUGCAUUGAAUUUAAUGAGAAUAAAGAAUCAAAUUUAGAGAUAAAAUUCAGAAAGUUAACUCCUCCAGAAUCUGAAGAUCAAUGCAAGAAUUAUGCCGAAAAAUUUCAAGAAAAAUAAAGGAAAGAAUUCAUCAUCCGGAAAGGAUUUACACUUAUUCAAGAUAAUUUGGACUAUUGAAAUAAUUUUGAAUUUUAAUUGAUAAAUUUUGUUGUAAAAUUUAAGCAUUAAUAAAUAAAAUAUAGCAUUAAAA